UCCAAGUCCAUCAUCGCCCUUUAGCAUCCUGAACCGAAUCAUGCCCUCCAUUCUCUCCUAAAUAUGUAUCACGUCGAACUCAUCCCCAACAGCACAACCACCCACGCCACUCCGGGGUGGACCUACGUCCCCGAUCGCGGUUUCGACCCAGCCAAAGCCGCCAUUACACCCGCCAUCGGCCGCAAACGCGGAAUCCGCGAUCCAGGCCGAGCGGACCUCUCCUCACGACAGAACAAUGCCAUCGUUCGACAUCUCGCGGAGCUGGAUCGCGAGAACCACCGGGACGUGCAAAUCUCAAUUCCAGUAAAACAGAAGGAUGCGUCUGGUCGAGGCACAAGAGGCAAAGUGACCUCAAACGUCCGCCGAAUCCUACAAUCCCAAAAGACCUUCCGCAACUACCUCGACGACGAAGAAGCCGCUCUAGCGCAGCAAGCAUCCACCCAGCAAACCCAACAACAACAAUCCUCCACCUCCUCGCACCGCCCCUCCAUCAACAAAAUCACCAAACCAGGCUCUACCUCUCGGCGCAGCUCAACGCCCUUAACAGCAGCACCAACACCUAAACCCGAUACCUCCUCGCGCAGUAAUCGCAAAGCACAACAACAACGCCCCUCCUCCACAGCCCCGACCUCCUCCCGCGCCUCAACAGUAACCACCGCCGCCGAAACAGAAACAGAAACACCAGCACAGGACAGAGACCAACCCCAAGACAAAGACAAUACCGAAUCGAAGGAGGAGAAAGGGGAGAAAGAGGAAGAGCAGCAAAACCCCCAUGAACUAAUCAAAUCCGAACACGACAACGACCCCCUCUUGAAAUCAUAUAUUCCGUCCGCGCCCUCGGAACGUAUCAUGCAGGCUUUGCUCGCAGAACCGCCGUUGACGUAUCAUGCAUCGCGCGCUGGCCCGCCGAUCGCGAGGAAGUCACCGCGGUAUUUCUGCUGUAUGUGUGGGUAUUGGGGGAAGAUUCGGUGCAAGAAUUGUCAUUUGAGGACUUGUGGGUUGGGGUGUUAUAAGGUGCAUGAGGAUUCGAGGUGCGGGGCGUUUUUCUAGUCGCAGAUGAGGGGAGGUAAUUUUGGGGGAUAAUAUGACUAGGGAGUAAAGAAGGUGGUAGUGUUCAGACAGUACUGCACUAUCAGCCUUUGAGUCUACACUCAGAACACCACUACUGGAUCUUUGGCGGAAGCUCUCGAGCCGCUCCCCAGAGCAUGGUGCAUACUCCUACUAGUGGAAGCCCGCGCUGAUGCGGGCUAUAUGAACAUUUUGAUACCCUAUUAGAUGCAACUAAUUAUGCUAUUCCAAAUCUAGCAAUGCGUCUAAGCAAGUGCUGUAUAAUAUUCACAGAUAG